CCGAAGCCACGCAUUGAAACAAUCAGAGCAAACUAAGAUGGACGUAGUUCUACUGCUUAUCAUGGCUGCUGCAGGGCUGAGUGCUGUCUCAUCAUUUGUUGACUGUCAGUACUAUUUUGUUCAUGAAAUGAAGAACAUGACCGAAGCACAAAGUUACUGCAGAGAGAAAUACACAGACCUGGCCACUGUACACAGCGUGGAGCUUGUGAAGCUCCUGAAAGACAGUUUCGGUUCAAAUACAUCGAAAGCCUGGAUAGGGCUGUACGAUGACCGGGACACCUGGAGUUGGUCACUGUCAAACACAAGCUUCAACAAUUUUGCGAAGACUGAGUUAACACCAAGCAACUCUGACAGACGAGAACACUGCACACUUAACAGCUCUGUUGAUGAACUAUGGGAUGCUGGUGGUUGUGAAGAACACUUCAAUGCAAUCUGCUUUGACGUCAGUG